CGCCCUCAUGCGACACAAACAAUCUCGGUAAAUUCGGUUCCUGGCUGUGCCGCAUUUUUCCGACGUUCUGUUUUCAGUUUCACUUCGAAUUUACGUGUCCAUAUCUUAUGGUAAAAUGGCCGAUAAGCACACCUUAAUGGAGGAGAAGAUCUAGUCGAAAUUCCAAAGACGGUUCUGGUGCUGCGCAGUCUGCCAAUAAUAGUUACUCCGUGUAAUGCGACGCAAAGUGACAGUGGAUAACACAAAGGCAGCCCCGGACUCGUCGGAGAGUCGACGACCCAGCGUCUUUGAGAGACUCGGCCCUGGGUCAUCAAGGGAAAGUGCGCGAGAUGCUGGCCGUGGGGAGCAGGGUCGUAGCUGGGCCCGAGAAGGCAGUUCUUCUUUUGGAAAUACGUCACGCUUCCAGCCGGGACAAAGAACAAGAUCUCCAGAAGCUGAGCCAGUAGAUCUGCGUCAUCGUGUUGAGAGUAAGCGGGCAGAGAGAGAACGCGAACGAGAUCGUGAAAGAUCCCCCUCCUCAUCUUUAUCUCCGCCCCUAAAGGACAAAAUGAAAUACAAAGCACACCGUGCGAAGGAGACGUCUUCCGAGCGGAAGCACAAAGCUCAGGGGUCAAAGGUCACGAAGUUGGCGGCGACCCCUUCCCCGGAGGCCAGCGAUGCGGACGAGUGGGGAGGUAUCGAUGGGAUACCUGCGGCAGGUGAGUAUGAUGACAUGUGGGACGACGAGGCCAGUCUGGACUAUCGCCAGGCGCUCACCCUGGAGAUGAAGCGGCAACAGAUACAAAGAGAGCUACAACAGAUGGAGGAAGAGGAGAACCAGGCCAGGGAGCAGGCAGAACACAUCCUGCAAAAGGAGGGAUCUGAUGAUGAUGGGGUAGGGUCCUAUCGCUCCUCCCAUUCCCCCUCCCCAGUCCGAAAGAAACACCCUAAGAAGAAGAAAGGACGCAACAAGGCUGAGAAGCGACGUUCCCCCACCCCAGAGGAUCCGUCUCCGCCCACAGCUUACGCCGGCAAGAAACGCAAACGGCGCAAGUCCGAGGAUGUGACAAAGCAAGAGCGGGAUGCAUCUUCUGAGCAUCCCCCGAAGAAAAAAGGGGGAGGGCCUGGCCACUCCCCUCGAGGGGGCAAACCAACGGCAGCUGCACUUCGCCCUCGCACCCCAAGCCCUAGACCUACCAAACAAGGCUCCGACAGUGACGCUACCCCCCAGAAAUAUAAGGGCAAAGCUGAGAUGGGGAAAAAGUCCAAGGAGAGGGAUGUGGCGAAGAGAAGGACUUUCUCGGGCAAUAAAAGCAGCGAUGACGAAGCAGCCCCUGCCAGACGCAAGCCCGCCCGUUCCCCUACACCUCCUGCCCAGUAUCGCAAGAUGACCCCAUCCUCUAAGCGUCCUCGUUCUCCGUCCCACUCCAGGAGCCCCUCGCCAAUCAAACACAAACCCAAACACUACGAGACGCCCCCACAGAGGACCACCAGACGACGCCCUAGCACCCCCAGCCCAGCCCGGUCGGGUUCAUUCCCACCCAGGGAACACUCGUCCCAGUCCACCUCAAGCUCCACUCGCUCGGAGUCGCCACGCAGGGCAACGAGGAAACGCCCUCGGUAUCAGUCACCGUCGCCGGUAAGGCAGACCAAACAGCCGUCAUCCUCACCGCGAGACCGUCGCGGCCGACCUAAAAGCCCUCCUGUCCGGUCACCACCCUCAGGCCGGGCCGGGGCCAAGAAACUACUCCAGCGAAGUAUGUCGCCAUCAGGCUCACACGGGGCCUACUCACCUGCCGUCAAACGUAGAUCCCCAUCUCCAAGAGCUGUCAGAAGGCCGUCACCCUCGCCCACUCAGAAACAACCACCGGCUACGUUGUCAAGAUCAAGCAGUGGCUCAAGAGAUAACGUAGGAAAGAAGUACGCUGACAGACAGAGUUCUGAUUAUCAAGGUCAAAAAGGGCAUCCAAGUGGCAUAUAUCCACCAAGAGGCGACGGUCGAAAUGACUUGCCGCAAGCAGACUUCCAACAACAAUCCAGACAGCGGUCAGACUCGCGCUCAGACCCCCGAGCAGAUGGCAGAGCACAAUCCAGAGGGCAGCCCAAGACCGAUUCCCGCGGGUACCAGAGGGGCGACGUGAGAGAUGACCCACGGGGUGCCGCCAGGGGAGACACAAGAGGAGAUACCAGGGGUGACCUGAGGAGGGACUCGAGAGGGGCAGAUCCAAAGGCUGACCCAAGGGGCGAUCCCAGAGCUGACACCAGGGGCGAUCUUAGGGACACUAGAGGAAACCUUAGGCAAGAAGGCAGGGAAGACCCAAGAGCAGAUGUAAGAAGAGACCCAAGAGGAAACCCUAGGGGUGAUCCGAGGGAGAACCCCAGGGGAGAUUCAAGGGGAGACCCCAGGGGAGACCGAAGGGGUGACCCAAGGGUAGAUCCAAGGGUUGACCCAAGGGGAAACCCCAGGGAAGACCUGAGGGGAGACCCAAGAGAUGCAAGGGGAAACCCUAGGGGAGACCUAAGGGGAGACCCCAGGGGUGAUCCAAGAGGAGAGCCCAGGGGAAAUCCAAGGGGAGACCCGAGGGGGAAUCCCAGGGGAGACCUUAGGGGAUAUCGAGGAGGAGAUCCCAGGGACGAGUUUAGGGGAGACCCCAGGGAAGAUCCAAGAGGAGACCCCAGGGGAAAUGUAAGAGGAGACCUCAGAGGAGAUGUCAGGGGAGACCCAAGGGGAGAUCCAAGGGGAGACCCAAGGGGAGAUAUCAGGGGUGGCCUCCGGGCAGACCCCAGAGCUGAUCCAAGGGGAGAUGUUAGAAGAGAUCUGAGGUCAGACCCUAGAGCAGACUCCAGGUCUCGAGUCGAUCCCAGAGCGGAUCCUCGUUUAGACUUGAGGGGUGAUCCUAGGAGAGACCAGCGGGAUGACCUUAGAUUGGACCCAAGAGCGAACUUGAGAUUACCUCCUCGGGCAGAUCCCAGAGCAGACCCAAGAGUGGACCUCAGGGCUGAUCCACGGUCAAGUCAGAGACCAGACCAAGAACGGGAAUCUAGGGAACCUCGGGGACGACAGCAGCAGGAGCGAGAGUCUCGUCGGGAUGAGUGGGAAAGGAGCCGGAACAGUGGCAGGAAGGAAUUGGAGGAUAUCCCAGGGAGAGAGCAGCAGUUUGCAAGGAAUCGCGGACAGUCGUCGCUAGACAGGCAGCGUGAUGUACCGAGAUCAGACAGCCUGGAUAAUCGCCGGGUGCCUAAGGCCAGCCCAAGCCCACUGGGCCGAGGAAGAGGGCCUAAUGCUGGCAGGGGACCUGAACGGGAUCCUGUCAUGGAGAGAAGGGACAAAGGGCCAGAAAGAGGCAGGGGGCAGACUAAAGGGAGAGAACCACCACCACUAAAGGGUGACAGGGGACUUGAUCCAGGGAAGGGUGAUCAAAGAGGGAGAGGCUCUGACCGUAGUGGAGACAGAGGAAGGGGAAGUGAGAUGGGUAAAGGUCCAGACCGAGAUAGGUUUCAGGAGAAGGGUAGGGAGCCACAGAGGGGUAGAGAUGGCGAUCCUCAGAGAGACCGAGGCUCAGAGAAAGGACGGGAUAGUCGAGGAGUAAAAGAAGGUCCAGAUCGUGGUAGAGCUCAAGAGAGGGAAGGCUUUGCCAGACAAGCUGAUCCAAGCUUUGAGGAGUCCAGAAGAUCAAGAGAUAGCUCAACUGACAGCCACAAAAUGGACAAGCAGAAAGGGACUGAGCAGCAGAGGGGGACACGCACAGGUGGGCGAUCAGAUGCUGUGAGACGAGACGGGUCUAGAGACAGACGAGAGGAUUCUAGAUCUAGAAGGGGGGAUUCCAGGGGUUCCAGCAGCUCUCAGAGGGACAAACCCAGUGAUCAGGAUAAGAGGCUGCGGUCCGAGAGGUCUUCUGAGGGGUCAUCACGGGAGUUGCCAAAGCAGCCCCAACCCCCUGGCCGAGCAUCUGAUUCUCCAGCCACAGUCGGCAGUAGAGGUGAUCGUUCCCGUUCCCAGGAGAAGUCAUACUUGGAUCGAGAUCAGGAUCAAAGGACCGCCGCUUCUCCACCAGACACCAAGGCAGUUGAAGCGCUUUCCAAAAGCUCAACUCAAGAUAGCAAGGAGAGCACCCCGCUCAAGGAGAGCUCCCCGGGCAGGCCCGCUGAGGAAGUCUUCAGCGACUGGUCGGAAGGCGGAAGCGAUGAGCUCCUCAACCAAAGCCCACCGGCGGAAGAUCCACCGAAGUUGCUGCCUUUCCCGGCAGACCCUGCUGCUGCCACCAAACAAGACCCAUCUGUGGAACCAUCCAAGAGAGACAGACAGAGGUCGGACAGGCAAGACAGGCGAUCCGAUGAUAGAGAAAAACAAGAGGGCUUCGAAGGGAGAUCUUUGCGGAGCCAGAGCUACGGCAGCAGCUCCAGUCGAUACAGUUCUAUCAGCUCAGACAUACCGGUGCAGCCAGGUUCCGCUGCAUCUCUGGAUCCAGGCCCGGCCCUUACCCAGUCAGCACUGGAUCAAGAGGAAGUAAACUCCACUUCCUCAACCAAGGCGCCGAGUAUACCUAAAGAGGGCAAAGUUUCAAGAGAAAAUUCAAGAGAAAAGGAUUCCCAAGACAAGAACAGUAGCAUCCCACCUUCAAGGGAGACGUCGGUCAAGCGAGAGCAAAGUCACCCCUCUGACAUGUACGAGGUGAUCAGCGACGACGAAUUUGAUGACAUGUUGGACGACGGAAAGAGAGAUGUGAGCAAGCAAGAGGAAGAAACGAAACCUCAAGAAGACACUCAAGCAGACCUGACAGCGGUAGACUGGGCCAGCCUCAUGUCGCAAACCUCACUGCUGCAAACCCAGUCCAAACCCAGCGGGGAGUCCGGGUCCAUACUGGACAAGUUCCGGCCUGGCCAGGUCCUGGCGCGGUUGGGCGUGUCCAGGGCGCUGGCCGGUCCCGAGUUGAUGGGGGAGGUGGAGAGAGUGUGCCAGCAGGCUGCACAAGAGGAAGGAUCCACCAUACAGACUCCAGUGUUUGAGAAUCAGCUGGGAGCGUUCAACGCCUCGGCCCAGAGGAAGCUACGCCAACGAAAACACCUACUGACCGACAUUGGGCCCUGCCGACGGGCCCUGUGUGCCCGGCGGGACGUCAUGAUCCGUAAACAGCUCGGCAAAGUCGACAAGCCGGAACCAGACCAAGUGUUCUCCACCAGUCUUCUUGAUGCGGAGCUCUUUAAGCUCAAUGUCCAGCUCUUCAGGGCAGGCAAGAAGAUGGGUCCGGCACCAGACCUGACCGCUGCUGGCGUCAGCGCGCCACACUCGGAGCGUUCGUCACCGAUCGCUGUGUGCACGUGAGCGUGCUCAGUGCGCGGUCUAGUGAGAACUACUCACGACUGGACACAAGUUUACGAGUCGACUGGCGAACCUUGAUCGUCAACUGAUUUUGUUGAAUUCUGAAAACUUUUGUGACUUGUUUCUCGUAGCCAUUUAAGGCACUCUCUAUAGGGUUUCCUUUAGUCUUGUAACUUUUGUUUACAUUCUUCAGCAGAGUCUCCUGGAUGUGAAUCAAGUGAUUGGGAAUCUUGACACUUCUGUCCAUGAGCAGGACGCUUUACUGCAAUUGCUGUAUGAAAGCUAUCAGGAUUUCCUUUAGUCUUGUAACUUUUGUUUACAUUCUUCAGCAGAGUCUCCUGGAUGUGCAUCAAGUGAUUGGGAAUCUUGUCCAUGAGCAGGACGCUUUACCACAAUUGCUGUUGCAAAGCUACCACAGUCAUAAUCGCCAUGACUGGUCGCGACAGGAAUCAUGUAGUUUUUACUUGGAACUAUCGGCCUGCUAAUCAGGGGUAACAGAAUUGCCUACUGAUUGAGAUUAACAUGUAUCCAUUUCUAAUUUAAUGGAUUAUUUUAGAAUUUUAAGGCCCGGCUGUAACGACUGGCAGAAUCCUAAAUUUUAUAGAGUAGUAAUGUAGUUGGCUGUGGUUUUAUAUCUUUUGUUUUUCAAUUGUUAUAAGCAAACUUUCGGUGUUGGUUCAUAUGCUUAAACGUUAAGAAAGUUUGCAAAAAUUGUGAACUAGCCGGAAUAUUGUUUGCUGGUAAUUUUUUGUUCCGUGGUUCGUGUCUUUGGUCACUCCUGUUUUUCCGUUGCCGCAUAAUUUUCACAGAUAUUACCCUCCCAGUUCAGUUUACACGUCAGCGUUAGGGACUCCGAAGCACAAGUACGCCCUCAACGGUUACGAAGGGAGAGUUUGGGGAGAUCACUGGGAGGACAUUCUAACGCAUUACUGACGACGUGCAACUCUCACGCAGAGAUGCUGUGGGUCUGUGUAGUUCAGAGUGAAAUUAGUCGUGCGUAAAUUCGAAAGCGCAUAACCCAGUGUGCGCAUGCGGUGUGGUCCGCCCACUGGGGCUGUCCAAAGUGGUAAAAAGCGCCCUCUAUUGUUCACGAAUUGAGUCAUACGCUGAGAAAGCGCCACGUCACCUUCUCCCAGGCCUGGCUCACUUUCCUCGAAAAUGGUUCACGUGAGCAUUCCAUAACGACAAAUUUGACGUACGUUUAACACGCACGAUCACAGAUAGCAAUUUUACAUCCUACUUUUACAGAACAUUUUCACAACUUAGUACCUGAAAAUGGUUCACUGUCAUUCGGCAAAUUGUCACCACACCAGUUACAACCGCAGCUUAUAUUUCACGUCAAAACAGCUUUAUUUGCGUGAUCGAACCGUGAAGGAAAUAUUUACCACAAAACGUAAGUACUACUUUAGUAUCAUUGACAGAUUGAUGCAAAUAUGAAUGCAUUAUUAACAGCGAUUAUUUCUAAUGUAAUGUUUGUCUCAAACAACUGCUGCCAUUUGUAUUCGGUGUCAGAGAUGGAUCGAUACAUCAAGACAGCUUCCUGACGUAAUGACCUUUCGGGUCACACCAGCCUGGCCAAUCAGAUGGCAGGAAUUGGAAUGUGGCAUGUUUUAGCGACCAAUGAAAUCACGGCAGCUGUGAAGGAAUUGCCUGUGUACGGUCUGGAAGAUUUUUUUUUUUAAUGUCUCUACUUUAAUUUCACCCUUGAAAUUGAGAAAUCUCAUUCAAAAGUUGCACCAGUUUUUUUUGUUUUUUUUUCCCUUUUUUUUUCAAAAUAGAAGCUGAAAAAUACCAUAGUUAUUGUUUUGGGAAAAAUUAAUCAGUGUUUGAUACAAUAAACAGGUUGGGUUAUUAU